GGCGAUGUUCAUGAUACAGAUGCACAUUCGUAAUUAUGUGUUGGUUCCUUCAGAAUAUUACAUGGCUCCUAUGGUUAUCCCAGUGCUAGGGCCUAUUCCAUUUGUUUUGAAUUCUGAAUAAUCUCCACAAUCUGCCUUGUUGGUUUUUUUUUCUCACCACGAAACAGUGAGUGUGCAGCGGAUGAUUCAACACCUCAUCCCCAACUCCCCUAGCCCGCCCAUGAUUGCAGCGUGCGCCUAUACAAGUUUGAAGGGGCCGGCUAGAGGGCGUUGUUCAUCAAAAUGGCUGCGCCCAGGAUUGUAUUUAAUCUGGUGUCAGUAGUGAAAACUGAACUGAAAGCUAUCCGUCUGAUCCGGAACGCAUCCAUGACACCUUCUCAAAGUUAUUCUAGCAUGACAGACGAUAUCAGUCGUACUCUAGCCGCUGGCAGAGCAAAAUGUUCCUCGCCCAUCCACGGCAAAAUCAAUGAAGUUGAGUGCAAUGUUACUUCACGUGUAAUAAUGUUAGAUCGCAUUGUUAAUAACGCGUUGAGACGAUGUGAUGUCAUGCCCAGCCCAGGAGGACCUAAUUUUUCAUUGAGCCAUAAAAGCACUUGCACGCCCUUGGUACUGCUUUCUCCAGAUGUGAUUCUAAGCAUACUAGAGUCUCAGAAUCGGUUGGCUUUGCGGAGGCAGAUACUGCAGCCUGCUUACUACUGGAAUCAUGUUUCCCGCUGUAGCAUGUCUAGUGUCGCUCGUAGAAAUUACUGUUCAGUUUCACGGACUUGCUGGAACUGCCAUGCCUUGACCACAGUUGCUCAUAAAAGUGAGGUGCAGUUUUUCUGUGAUUCCUGUCAUGCUAUACAGCCAGUGAACCCAGAUUCAAACUUCUUUCAGAUAAUGCUAUGUGAUCAGACCUUUGACAUUGAUACUGAACAGCUCACACAGACAUUUAGAAAUCUUCAGAGGCAGUUGCACCCUGAUAAGUUCAGCAUUAUGUCAAAGGAGGAGCAAGAUUACUCAGCGAUGCAAUCGUCAGAAGUCAACAAGGCCUACAGCACCUUGCUCAAGCCACUUUCCAGAGGACUCUACCUGCUGGAACUGAAUGGGCUGACGAUUGAGGAGGGCGAUGCUGGAAUUGAGCCAGGGUUCCUGAUGGAGGUGAUGGAAACCAACGAGGAGCUGGCCGAGACUGAUGACGACGCCACAGUGAGGAGGAUAGGAGAGGAAAAUACAGUGAAACUUGGAGCUUUCCUGAAGGAUUUAUCGCAAGCCUUCUCAGAAGGCAACUAUCCCCAGGCCAGGGAAAUACUGAUGAGACUGAAAUACUUUUCCAACAUAGACGACAAAGUCAAGGACAAACUGGAGAAGAGUUUUUGAAGAAAUGAUCCACUUUAACAAACAGGGUUGGUUAACAAUUGCGCUAUGACAGUUACAUUUUCUCAAGUGAGGUUAAGGAUAUUUAUCCAGUGGGACUGUAGCUUAAUAAUUUGUGAAGAUGUAAAUUGGAGUACCUUGGACCAGGAUUUAUAUUGUCAUGAUUUCAAAAGAAGCUGUAUCAGAAACAUUUGUGCUAUAGUAUCCCUUUGGGCUGCAACUAACUGAUUUCAUUGUCUGCCAAGGUAGAUUUUAAACUAAAUUUUUAAAAUCAAAUUCAGCUUGUUAUUUUUCAGCGUAUUUUAGUUCCUUUUUAAAUCUUAAGAACAAACUAUAAUUUGUCAUUAAAAGGUGUCCUGUGUUUAAAUAGGACUCCUCUGUUACUGAAUUCUACCUACUUUUGACAAAGCAAACAGCCAACUUCUGACAUAUUUGUCUUGAAGCACUUUCUAUAAAUCUUUUAACCCAUCAAUAAUUUACAGUUUUUAGACAGAGAAUUGGCAGCAAUUUCCGCCUGAUGAAUCUAUAUGUAGUUGGCGUCAGAUUGUGUAAAUAUUCCAAAUAGGCUAAAUAAAUUAUGAUAUACUCUUAACGAGAUUACUUGGGAUUAUGAGUUUUAGCCAAACCGUUGCUGGUUUGAUCAAGCAAAAAAUACCCACAAGCAAAUGAGUAAUUAGGAUUUCACUUUUACUCAGCUUUAUAACACCAUGAACUUUCUGACAAAAAUUAAAAGCUGUGAAAUUUGUGUAAAUAAAAACAAUAUGUUGAGUC